AAAAUAUUUCAAACAGUUGGAAAAAUUAUAAUCUAUAAUUAUUUAAUAGUUUUUAUUGUGAUGAAAUUUUUAAAAAAAAUAUUCCUUGGAAGACGGAAGUGCGAAUCUGUGAGAACAAGAUGUGAUGGUUUGUUUACAUACAAACCUCGUAUUUUUCUAAUCUAACUUUUCCUUACAAUGUAUUUUUAUAGCUGAAACAUAAUCAGAAGAGACUAUCGCAAAAGUGUCUCUUAAAUAUGGAGAAUUCAUACAAAACGUCUGUCUUGAAACUCCUGAAAGCAAGGAAUGUGACGGAACGCAGUUUUGAGGAAACUAUUAAAUAUGCCAAUAAAUUAUUAGAAAAAUUAGAUUAUUUACAAAAAGCAAAUGCUCAUAAAAAUUUUCAGACAUUCGUAUCGGAUCAAGACUCUCCUGGGGUGGCAGAUCAUUUCGGCGAUCCCGGGCAAAGAGCGAACUGCGAGAAUUUGCAAAAAAGUCUUGCUGAGAGCCACGCCAAAAUUUCCAAGUUAGCCGAGCAGGUAAUCAAUUUGAAAGAUACACUGGACACGAAGAAUUUGCUCGUGACUAAACAAAGCUCUGAAUUGGAUAAAUUUCAGGUUGAACUUAGAAGCAGCCAAGAACUUGUCAGGAAUUUGAAAUCGGAGCUCACGUGCUUGAAGAAUGCCUUACAAAGCAAAUCGGAUGAUUACACUGUUUUGAAUAUAUCCCACUCUUGCAUAGAAAACAAGAAAAAUGAACUGGAAAUCGAAAACAGAAAAUUGCGUUCACAGCUAUCAAAGUACGAAGGAGAAAGAGAAGUGUUUCUGAGGACUGAAAGCGAGAAGAAUUUUUUGCAAACCGAAAACAAAAAGCUGAAGGCGCAGAUUGAGGAGUUUCAGGAAUUGAAAGAGCGUUGUUUGAACGUUGAAAGUCAGCUAAAUGACUUAGAAAUCGAAAAUAAGAAAUUAAAAAGCCAGAUAACUAUGCUUAAAGAAACCAGAGAACACUCUUUGAGGAGUGGCAGUGUUGAAAGUAUAGGUUCUGCUGAUGGUGGCAACAGUAAAAAGGUGGCCAGAACAGCAAAAGUUGAGGGUUCGCUUUCUUCAUCUCGUCCGUCGUCGUCUAAAACAACCCACGUCCAUUCCAAAUCUCCUUUUCCAGAUAAAAGAACUAUUUCUUUUGUUGCACACGACAGCGAAGUGAAUGCUUUGAUGUGGUAUCCUGACCCUACCUAUUUAAUCACCGCUGGUGCCGAUAGGAGAUUAAAACUAUGGGAAAUCAGCGAAAGCGAUGCGAAAUUAUUGAAUUCAGCCAGAGAUUGCAAUUCGUCCAUUUUGUCAAUCGACAUAGAUAAUAAGGCGAGCACAGUUCUAUGUGCGUCGAGUGAUUUUUCAAGCCGCUUAUGGGACAUAUCCGGUUUCAAGCUAGGCCAUACCUUGACUGGACAUAGUGGAAAAGUUAUGUCCGCCAAGUUCGUUAAAGAAAGCGACAAUAUUAUCACUGGAAGUUUAGACAAAACGGUGAAGCUGUGGGGUAAGAAUAAAACACUCUGUACUCUAACAUUCAGUUCUGAGUCUCCAGUGAAUGAUGUUGUAAGCAGAGAUUCCAGCACAAUCAUUAGCGGCCAUGCGGAUCGGAAGAUUCGAUUCUGGGAUAUCAGAGCUAAGAAACCUACAAAGACAAUCGACACCUCAGGGGCUGUGACAUCUUUAGAUGUAUCCAAACAUUUGCUUCUAGCAUCUGAACAAGGGGGUGGACUGAAGUUAUUCGACUUGCGUACUUUCAAAGAAUUAAUGUCCAUGAUAGAAGCAAAUUUCAAAAUUGUUUGCAGUUGGACUAGAGCUAAAUUUAGUCCAGAUAUCAAAUAUUGCUGUUGUGGAUCAGAUAAUGGAUCCGUCUUUAUAUGGAACUGUGGGACUGGAGCUCUGGAACGAGAAUUGAAGGGGCAUGAUUCUACUGUGAUAUCUUGUAGUUGGAGUAUAUGUGGGUCUUACUUAGCAACAUGUGAGACUAAUAGGAAAUGUAUUAUAUGGUCGAAGUUGAAAUAAAUUUUUAAAUUGUUAUGGACUAAAA